AUGACCGUCGUCUCCUUCACAGUCCUGCUCUGUCUGGGGCUGACUCUGGGCCAUGGGACACCAGUGCUGUCAGGAACUCUCCCUAAGCCUAUCCUCAGAGUACAGCCAGACUCUGUGGUGUCAGAGCAGACUACAGUGACCUUCUUAUGUGAGGGGACCAAGGGAGCCCAAGAAUACCGUCUGUAUAAAUUGGGCUAUUUCAUGAACAAAGAAAUUUCACCAAAUCCUAACAACAAGGCUGAUUUCUCAAUAAAAAUAGGCCUUUAUGAAGCAGGGGAAUAUAUGGGUCAAUAUUGGACCCGUAAUGGAUGGUCAGAGCAUAGUGACUCCCUGGAGCUGGUGGUGACAGGGGCCUACAGUGAACCAGGCCUGUCAGCCAAUCCCAGCCCUGUGGUGACUGAAGAAGGGAGUGUCAAACUGCAGUGUGUCUCAAGCCAACCACAUUAUAAGUUCAUUCUGAUUAAGGAAGGACCACAGAAGUUCCCCUGGAUACUGGACUCAGAGUAUGACCGAUCUACUCAGCAGUACCAGGACCUGUUUUCUGUAGGUCCUGUGACCUCCAGCCAAAGGUGGACAUUCAGAUGCUACAGCUUUGACAGUAAUAGACCACUGGUGUGGUCAAAACCUAGUGACCCCCUGGAGCUUCUGCUCUCAGGUCUGUCCAAGAAGCCCUCUCUGCUGAGUCACCAAGGCCAUAUCCUGGACCCUGGAGAGAGCCUCACCCUGCAGUGUUGCUCUGACAUCAACUAUGACAGAUUUGCUCUGUACAAGGUGGAGGAAGACAUGUUCACCAAGCGGUAUGGCCAGAGGACCCAGGAUGGGCUCACGUUGGCCAGCUUCACCCUGGGCUAUGUGAGCAGCUCUACUGGAGGCCAAUACAGAUGCUAUGGUGCACACAACCUCUCCUCUGAGUGGUCAGCCUCCAGUGAUCCCCUGGACAUCAUGAUCACAGGACAGUCUUUAGCCAUGCCUUCCCUCUCAGUGAAGCCAAACUCCACAGUGCAGUCUGGAGACAACGUGACCCUGCUGUGUCAGUCAGCAUACACGACAGACACUUUCAUUCUGUCCAAGGAGGGAGCAGCACACCAACCCCAGCGAAUGAAAUCCAAGUUCCAAGAUGGGGAGUUCCAGGCAGAAUUCUCCAUGACUGCUGUGAAAGCUGCCCUUUCAGGCACCUACAGGUGCUACAGGUCUCAAGACUCAUCUCCCUACCUGUUGUCACAUGCCAGUGUCGCUGUGGAGCUCUCUGUCUCAGGGACAUUCCGAUGCUAUGGUUACUACAACCAAACCCCACAGCUGUGGUCAGUACCCAGUGAGCCCCUGGAAAUACACAUCUCAGGCCUGUCCAAGAAGCCCUCCUUGCUGAGUCACCAAGGCCAUAUCCUGGACCCUGGAGAGAGCCUCACCCUGCAGUGUUGCUCUGACAUCAACUAUGACAGAUUUGCUCUGUACAAGGUGGGGGAAGACAUCUUCACCAAGCGGUAUGGCCAGAGGACCCAGGAUGGCCUCACGUUGGCCAACUUCACACUGGGCUAUGUGAGCCGCUCUACUGGAGGCCAAUACAGAUGCUAUGGUGCACACAAGCUCUCCUCUGAGUGGUCAGCCUCCAGUGAUCCCCUGGACAUCAUGAUCACAGGUCAGCUUCCUGACAGUCCUUUCCUCUCAGUGAAGCCAAACUCAACAGUGCAGUCUGGAGACAAUGUGACCCUGCUGUGUCAGUCAACAUACAGGACAGACACUUUCAUUCUGUCCUAGGAGGGAGCAGCACACCAACCCCAGCGAAUGAAAUCCAAGUCCCAAGAUGGGGAGUUCCAGGCAGAAUUCUCUAUGACUGCUGCGACCUCUGCCCUCUCAGGCACCUACAGGUGCUACAGGUCUCAAGACUCGUCUCCCUACCUGUUGUCACAUGCCAGUGCCCCUGUGGAGCUCUCUGUCUCAGCUUGUGAGUGUAUGAGGCAAACAGAGACCCCAGAAGCCCAUAUCUUAGAGGGUGGGAUUCAGAACAUGGUGUCCAGAGAGAGGUCUUUUGGCUCAGAUCGAAGGAAUGGACAGAGGAGGCCUGCAGAACCUGAGUUUGCAGUAGGCCUGCCCCACCAUGGUGGUGACAUGGACAAGGGUGGGGCACGGGACCAUGGCCGGGCUGGCCUGCAGAUCCUGAGUCUGCAGUAG